GAAACCGUGGAAAAUUGUGAUAGCGAGAUGAUCAAAGUGUUAUUUUGCGGGGGGCAAAAACAAGUGGAAAAAUGUACAGGGGGAAUUCAGUUGUUUUGAUGUUUAUUUGUGGUUUAAUGAUUUUGAAUUUUUAAUUUUAUUAGCUUCCAAGUCCUUGAUUAAUAAUCCUCAAGAGACACUAUUUUUCUUCUAGUAAAUCCGUUCAUCAUUUUCUAAUUAUUGAAUUAUUUAUUGGAAAUUUCACAGGAAAUUCCAAUAUUUAGUUCUGAAUUUCAUAAGCAUUGAAAUAGAAUUUUUUGUCGUGAAGUGAGUACCCGGAGGUCAGGAUGGUGACACUUCCGAGAGACGUUACCGUCAUCACUGUGGAAUUAUUUCCACCUGAUAAUGAUAGCGUGUAAACAUUUUUCUCCGGCAAGAAAAAAAAUUCAUAAAAUUGAACGAUGUCGAUUAUGUCAGCGAGAAGACUCGAGGAGAAUGGAGUUCAUCUGGUGACUAGGAGGGGAAGUAUAGCUUUAACUCUCCAGGCGAAUUUAGCAGCUUUCGGAUCGUCUGUGGAUUCUCUUCAGGUCGUUGGAUCCGCGAGGAGACGACUGAGCAAUGUCAGCGAUGCUGUUUCCAGGAGGAUUUCACACACGAUCGGAUGGAGAUCUGUGUCUGCUUCGCUCGAACUUAUUGUUGCUCAGGGCUCUUCAUUAUGUGGCCAAUACAUAAGAAAUCGCCUCAAGCGCUCUGGAAUAUUCCAGCGAAAACUGGGACUGAAGCGAAUGCGGAGUGCACUGUCUGCCACUUGCUCUACCGUCCUCACUGAAGUCUACCCCGAAUUGAUCGCGCUUGGAGUUGAGCUUGAGAAAAUGCACCCCAAUCUAUUCACAAGAAUAGGAAGACAAGUGGGAUGUGGAGCCUUUUCGUCCGAGCAGACUGCCACCGAGGCCCUGCACGAUGUUGCGAGGGAAAUGCUCAGGUUUGGGGAAAUGACUUGGAGUAAAAUAAUUGCGCUUUAUGCAGUGGCGGGGGCUAUCGCUGUCGACUGCGUUCGGCAAGAUCGACCGCAGUUUAUUCCUUCCAUUCAGAGAGCCAUGACGGAGAUCCUCGAAGAGGACUUGGCCAGUUGGAUCCAAGCGAAUGGUGGCUGGAGCACAUUAGCGACGAAGUAUCGGCCACCAACUGAAAAACCAACUUGGCACGAGCGAAACUUUGUGAUUCUUUUAGUGAUUUGUACUUUAUUCGUGGGACUCAUUGCGAUUAUUUUGAGGUCCUUAAUAAGUUGAUGAACUGUGAACAAUAGAUUUUAUAGAAUAAUGCAAUCGACGGUGAUAUAACGUUUAUUGAUGUAACAAAUUGAAAAAUCAUUUCAUGAUCGAGUAGUCUUAUGUGAUUUCAUUAUCGCUAGAUCUUAUUUCAGUAUUUCUUUGUAUUUUUAUGAUGAGGAAACUCAUCCAUCCGUUUAAUCUUCGGCAGUGCGCUGUCUCUUACGGACAAGACGAAUAAAAAUAUUUACAGUA